CUUAACACAAUAACAGUAUAACACGUGAGUUUUGACUUAAAAUUAAUAGUUCAUUUUUACUGUUAUAUUUGCAAUUACUUUAAGAUGAAAGUUAAAAAGAAUAAAGAAAAGCAACUUAAUCCAUUUGAAUUACACAUCAAUAACAAGAAGUUCACGAUAUUAGGUCGUAAAUCAAAAAAUGAAGUGGGUAAACCUGGUAUUGCUCGAUCGAAGUCUAUUCAAAAGAGAAAGAAAUCAUUACUGCUUGAGUACAAACUUAAAGACAAAUCAAAUAAAUUUGUUGAUCGUCGAAUUGGUGAAAAAAAUCGAGCAAUGACAGCUGAUGAUCGUGUUAUUGCCCGAUUUACUGCAAGCAGAGUUAAAGCUCAAAAAAAAAUGAAGUAUAAUUUGGGCGAAGAAGAAGAUCUUACUCAUCAUGGUCAAUCAUUGUCUACCAUUGAAAAAUUUGAAAAGCCUAUGAGUGAUGAUGAUUCUGAUUCGGAUGAUGAUCGUAAUGGUGGAAAACUGGCAGCUGAGUUUGUUGAGAAAGCACAUUUUGGUGGAGGUGUCUUAAGUCGAGCUGGUGAUGGCGAAACUAGUCAUCGUGAUUUGAUUGAUAAAUUGAUAGCCGAAUCUAAAUUGAGAAAGUACGAAAAAAAACAACUUAAACAAGAAACAAAUGAGCUUACUGAACAGUUAGAUAAAGAUUGGAAGGAACUCAUGCCGGUUGUACCUACAAAGAAUCGUGGUGAAACUGAUAUUGAAGACGAACCUCCUACUAAAAAGAAAGUUGAUAAAAAUUCUUAUGAUAUUUUAAUGAGAUCAUUAAAAUUUGACCGUAGAGGAAUGGCUAGUGAUAAAUUAAAAUCUGAAGAAGAAAUUGCUAAAGAAGAAAAAGAACGACUAGAGAAAUUAGAAUCCGAAAGAUUAAAAAGAAUGAAAGGAAUUGAAGAUGAUGGUAUUGUCAAGCACAGGAGUGCUGAUGAUUUAGAUGAUGGCUUUGAUUUUGGCGACGAUGAGAUACAGCCUUUAGCCUACAACUCUGAAGGAAAACCACUGAACACUGAUUUAAUUUCUGUAAACGAAGAACAAAAUGGUUUAAAUGAUGAGGAAAAUGAAGAUGAUGACGAAAUGGAAUCAGAUGAAGAAGAAUCAGAUGAAGAAAUAGAAGAUGAUAGUGAAAAUGAGAACAAUUUAAAUAAUGAUAUGAGUGAUCUUAAAGAAGAUGAUGAGAAUUCAAAUGAUGAAGAAAUAGAUACAUCUACCAAAAAUACAGAUAAAAAUAAAUCAACCAAAUUAUUUGCUAAAAAAUUGAAGGAAAAAAAAGUUUUAAUGGAUGAAGCAAGACAACAAUUACCUUAUACUUUUAUAGUUGCUGAAUUAUACGAAGGAUUUCAAGAAAUAUUGGAAGAUAGAUCUAUUGCAGAGCAAACAGUAAUAAUUGAGCGAAUGAUCAAAGUAAAUCAUCCAAGCUUAGGUAAUGAUAACAGGUCAAAUUUACAGAGGCUGUAUCCUUAUCUUUUGCAACAUUUAAAUGAUAAUUCUUGUUCCAUAGACGGUUGGAAGAUACUUAAUUCAUUAGCCCCACAUCUGUAUGACCUAACACAAUUUUUUCCGGAACACGCAGCCAAAUGUUUUAUUGAAGUAUUGAAAGAAAAACAUACUGAUUUUGUUGAUUCUUCGCCAAAGCAGAUAACUUCAGAUAUGUUGAUUUUUUUAAAAUUGGUUCCUCUAUUGUUUCCUUCAUCUGACUAUUAUCAUCCAGUUUGUACGUAUGCUGUUAUGAUAGCAAGUGAAAUUUUAUCACAAACCAAGAUUAAAAAACGUUCAGACGUAGCAUCAUGCUUGUUGUUAACAACAAUUUUACUAGAAUAUGUUCAAUUGUCCAAAAGAUACAUACCAGAAGUGGUAAAUAUGUUACGAGGCAUGUUACUAAUGGCCACUGACAACAGUUCUAUUAGUUAUGUACAACAAUUCAAGCCCAAUAUGAAAAUACUAACUUUAGAAAAUAACGAAACUCAAACAGAAUGGUCAAAAAAAUUGAGCAUAAAUGAAAUAUUUAGUGAAAAAAAUAUAGACUGUGUAUUUAAACUGACUUCAUUAUAUGUCAUAUUAGAUUUGGUAUUUAGGUUUAGCAAAUUAUGUGAAGAUAUACCUAGCAUUAUUGAAAUUUGGGCACCACAUUUGUCAAUUAUAACUACAUUAAAGAUUGAUUCUGACGAAAUGAAUGCACAAAUUGAUAAAACAAAGCUGCAGUUACAGAUGAUCGAUAAAAAAUUAGAAAAACUUCAGACAAUAUCUAACAGACCAAAAGCACUUCGCUUGUAUGAACCUAGGAUUCAAAAAAUAUAUGAUGGCCGAACAUUCAAAACCGAGUCUAAAGAAAAAGCUGAGAGGUCAAAACUUCUGCAUCGAUAUAAACGUGAAAUGAAAUCGGCUGUUCGUGAAAUAAGAAAAGAUAACAGUUUCUUGUCUAAACUCAAGUACCAUGAACAGGCUAAAAGUGAUGUGGAAAGGCGUAAUAAAGUUAAGCAAAUCUACAGUUGGGGUGCAAAUCAAGCUCAUGAAAUUAACAAACUUGCUAAAAAAAAUAAAAAAUAGAAUUUCUAUGAUUCAUUAUGUAAAAUAUUUUUUUUCAACACACCAACGAAUUAAUUAUUAUAUGGUUUAUCUUUUUCUUAGUAAUUUGUGUUUUUAUUAAAUAAGAUAAUUAUAUUAUUGUAUUUAAUAUAUAAUCGACUUAAAAAUGUUUUUAUAAUUAGUGUCAGGCAUUCCGAGGUUUUGAGCAGGGCCUAGAAAGCAACAUUUUAAUGGUAAUUUAUAUUUUGUAUUAUAAUUGUUUUUAAUAUAACUGAUUCAAAACGUUA